AUGUUCGCCGUGAAGGGGGUAGUGAAGACAUAUGCUUGGGGCUCUAAGGAGAAGGACUGUGCUGUCCAGUUCUUUAGCGAGCGUCAAGGCAUAGUCUGUGAAGAGGCUGACGUCCCGAAGGCGGAGUUGUGGCUGGGUGCGCAUCCAAAUGGGCCGGCGACGGUUGCGAAGAUAGUGCAAGACGAGCGCUUCGAAGAGCGCAGCAUGGACAAUGUGCUUUCUGUGCAGGGCAAGGGUCUUCCGUUCCUGAUGAAGGUUUUGUCUAUAGCUGCGCCGUUGUCGCUCCAGUUACAUCCCGACCGCGAGACGGCCAAGGUGCUUCACGAGGAGGACCCAGAGCAUUACACGGACCCGUAUGACAAGCCAGAGAUGUGCAUUCCUCUUUCGGAGAACUUUGAGAUGUUUUGUGGUUUCUUGAAAGCAAGAGAAAUUUACUGCAUUGCGCAAGUGGUUCCUUUUAUUGCGCGUCUGAUUGGCGAGACCAUGAUGGCAAAAGUCAGCAAGGGAGUGCACGCAGGCAAGGCGUCUGAUGACAAGAGUUUGUGGGGGAGUAGUCAAAGCCCAGGAAUUUCUGAAGGCGAGUUUUUGAAGUAUUUGAUGACUCAGUUUUACAUGGUUGACCAGAAGGAGAUUGAGACCGCCAUUGAGCAGACAUUGGCGCUGAAUGUGGAAGAGGUGGAUUAUAGUAAGGUGAAGAAGCCGAAGAAGCCUAUGUUACGUGAAUUUAUGUCCAGCUUUGGCGGUGGUUCCUCGAGUUCUGGUGAAGCGAACAAGAGAUUAGUGGCAUCAUGUUUCGCGACCUUUUGCGACUUGCAGAAGAAGUACCCAACAGAUCGUGGCUGUUUCGCUGCGUUCCUCUUGGCGAAGCACACCGUGAAGCCUGGACAGCCGAUGGGUAUUGCGGCGAACACUAUCCAUGCUUAUUUGUCUGGCGAAUGUUUAGAGAUUAUGAAGUGUUCUGAUAACGUGAUUCGUGCAGGUCUUACACCCAAAUUUCAGGACACAAAAAAGCUUGUGGAGCUGACUAACUAUACCCGUUAUACUCCUGCCCCGUUGAAGGUUGAAUGUGAGGAAACUGAUGCAUAUCAACUUAUGCAAAUUGAACCUCACUAUACCGAGUCCUUCGCCAUGUCCAUCCUCAAAAUGGCCGCCCACAGCACUAAGCCGCUUAACUUGAGCAAACUUAUCAAGACCCCCACACCCAACGAAGGUCAAGACCUCUCACCUGCCGAGGUACUCUGUCUCGCUGGAUGCGGCCUCAUUAAAGUCAACGAUGUAGACUACCGCAUCGAAGCCGGCCAGUGUCUACUACUCGUUAAUCAAAAUGCUACUACUGUUACCCCGCUCUCCGAAGAGGCCACGGAAGGCUACAUGAAAGAUGGACAGGCACUCGUACUCGUAUUCGCACACGGACUCUCCGAAGCAGACUCACCUAGAAAAAGACGCACCUCUGUCACCGCCUCCAAACUCGUCGAAACGAAGUUGUCUACACUUAACGACCAGGCCGACCCGAAACAGACAGACCUUUCCCCGACUCCAGAAAAAGCCGCACCUGACGACCUACCCGCCCCCGCAGAACAACCCCUUUCCGCACCCGACCAUCCCACCGAAAAGGCUGCUACCGAACACGCUACCACCGAACAGGCUGCCAUCGAACACGUUGGGGCGAGCAGAACCUCCAUCGUGACACCAGGUGAUGAAGCCGGCGACGUCGAUGACGAAGCUGAUAACGCGACCCCUGUGGUCAAACCAGCCUCCGUGCCCAAACCGCCACCAGCAACCGAAGAAGAAACUGAGACAGAGCCCCAGAUGAAGUCGGCCGUCGAGGAGCCGGAGACGGUGGACAUUGAAGAGACUGUGGACAUCGAAGGCAGCGAGAGCGCCACUUCAGCCGUGGAGGCUCUUUAA